AUGGAAGAGAAAAUGAGAGAAAGGAGAGAAGAGGAAAGACAAAGGAAGAAGGAGGAGGAAAAAGAGGAAAGAAGAAAUAGAAGAGAGGACAAAAUAAGGAAGGAAGAGGAAAAGAUUUGUGGGAAAGGAGCAAAAGAGGAGAGAGGAUGGUAG